AUGAAGAUCGCUCGUGAUGUGGAGACGGAGAUGCGUGGGUCGUUGUUGCCAAGAGUAAGUGCUGGUGGGGCCCGUAAUUGGAAGGGAAAUGGGUCAGGAGGAUAUGGGCUUAGUUGGAAAACAGGUUCUGGGUCUCAACAUAACCCAGGUUCGACCCGAGUGGGAAAUGGGUCUACUAAUUAUUCUGCUGGAUCGGUGCAAAGUAAAACAGGUUCUUCACCAUCUAACCCAAAUGGGAAUACGAAUGCAAACACCAGCACAGUCAGACCUAGAGGUGACGGAGGAAGGAGAUAUGGAGGAGAACGCAAUCGUGGCCUCAAGCACUUGCCGUAUUCUGAGCUGAUGGAGCGAAGAGCACAAGGGUUGUGUUUCCGAUGUGGAGAAAAGUAUCAUCCUCUUCAUCAGUGUGCUGAGAAACAACUCAGGUUGGUGAUUUUGGGAGAUGAUGAAACUAUUAAUGAGGAAGGUGAGGUGAUAGCCAUCGAAGUUAAGGAAGAUGAGGAAGAGGUGCUAGAUUGCAACUCUAUGGGGUUAUUUGGUAUUACUGAAACAAACAUUAAGUCGAACAAUACCCCUCCUACCACUUUGCGCCUCCAAGGAAGCUUGAAGGGGGUCUCAAUUAUGAUUUUAAUUGACAGCGGUGCCAGUCACAAUUUUGUCUCACCUCAUGUGGCCACUGCUUUAGGGCUAAAUGUUGAGCAAGGAAGAUCAAUGGGAGUGAAGUUGGGUGAUGGUCACAGAGUAUCGACAAGAGGAAGAUGUAGAAAAUUGGAGGUGUGUUUGAAUGACUUUACCACCAGUGUUGAUGCUUAUGUCCUCGAAUUGGGUGACCUAGAUAUGACAUUGGGGGUGGCUUGGUUGCAACGGUUUGGAAAAGUAACUUUUGACUGGGAGAAGAUGACCGUUAGUUUUCUAUGGGAAGGAAAAAGGGUGGAAUUACAUGGUCAAUUCUUCACUACCAAAGAGGUGUCAACCAACAACAUAUCUCAUGCACCGAUGGACUCCUUGCACAGUUUGUUAGAAGAAGAAGUGGUACCAACAAAUGAAGUACAGGAACUGACCGAGGUGCAAAAGCAGGAGCUUAAUGAAUUGUUGAGCAAAUUCAAGGGAGUUUUUGAAGAAAAUACAGGGCUACCACCUAAACGAGAAAUUAAUCAUGCCAUUGAGUUACAAAAGGAUGCUGGACCAGUAAGCGUAAGACCGUAUCGUUACCCUCAUCACUACAAAGAGGAGAUCGAAAAACAAGUUCGGAGUAUGUUGAGUCAAGUUCCAGAUCGCUACCCGAUACCGGUGGUGGAUGAAUUAUUAGAUGAGUUGCAUGGAACCGAGUGUUUCUCCAAACUUGACUUGAAAUCUGGUUAUCACCAAAUUAGAGUGAAGGAAGAAGACGUGCAAAAAACGACAUUCCAGACUCAUGAAGGACACUAUGAGUUUCUAGUAAUGCCCUUUGGAUUAACAAACGCUCCAGCUACCUUCCAAUCCACCAUGAAUCAGAUUUUUAAGCCAUAUCUUCGCAAGUUUGUCUUAGUUUUCUUUGAUGAUAUUCUAGUCUACAGUAAGGGGUGGAAGGAACAUUUAGCACACUUGUCCCAAGUAUUAGAGAUUUUGCAACACCAUUGUUUUGUAGUUAACCAAAAGAAGUGCAAUUUUGCUAGCAGGAAGGUUGAAUAUUUAGGUCAUGGUAUUACCGGAAAUGGUAAGAUAGCUAAACCGUUAACGGAGUUAACCAAGAAGGAAGGGUUUCAUUGGGGACCAGAAGAGUUGAAGGCAUUUGAGAAUCUAAAAAGGGUUAUGAUUCAAGCUCCAGUUUUAACCCUUCCGGAUUUUGCACAACCCUUCGAGAUUGAGUGUGAUGCAUCCGGAAGAGGAAUAGGCGCGGUACUGAUGCAGAAAAAGAAACCCAUAGCUUACUUCAGCAAAGCCUUAUCUAAGAAUAAUUUGAGUAAGUCGGCGUAUGAGAAGGAGUUGAUGGCAUUGGUGUUGGCCGUUCAACAUUGGCGCCCUUAUUUGUUGGGAAGGAAGUUUGUAGUGUAUUCCGAUCAAAAAAGUUUACGACACUUGCUCCAGCAACGUAUCACUACUGCUGAUCAACAGAAUUGGAUAGCCAAACUAUUGGGUUAUCAUUUUGAGGAGCAACAAAUCCAACAUGAAGUAAGGAAUGAUCCUUAUUUAAAGAAAGUAAUGGCUGAUUUGCAUGAGUUUCAUUCAUCCAGUACUGGGGAUCACUCGGGGUUUUUGCGUACAUAUCGGAGAUUAGCUGGUAACCUCUAUUGGGUAGGAAUGAGGAAGUCAGUUCAAACAUUUGUGCAGAGUUGUGACGUGUGCCAACGUCAAAAGUAUUCGGCGUCGUCACCCAUGGGUUUGUUGCAGCCACUGCCAAUUCCGGAGAGUUUGGGAGGACAUCUCAAUGGAUUUCAUAACUGGUCUUCCGAAAUCACAGGGCAUCCAUAUACAGCAAGAAAAGUGGCUGAGAUUUUUACCAAGGAGGUGGUGCGUCUCCAUGGUGUUCCACAAUCUAUUGUUAGUGAUCGUGACCCCUUAUUUGUUAGCUUAUUCUGGAAAGAGUUAUUCCGUUUCCAGGGGACUAUGUUGAGUAUGAGUUCUUCAUAUCACCCGAAGACGGAUGGGCAAACGGAGGUUGUAAAUCGGUGCCUAGAAGCAUAUCUUCGUUGUUUUGCAUCAGAACAACCGAAGGAGUGGUCACAAUGGAUUCCGUGGGCCGAAUUGUGGUAUAAUACCACAUUCCAUGUGUCUACGGGUACGACGCCAUUUGAAGCGGUGUAUGGAAGAAAACCACCUACUGUGGUGAGAUUUCUACAGGGAGAAACUAAGGUAGAGGCAAUGGCAGCUGAGUUGGUUGAUCGGGAUGAGGCUCUACGUCAAUUGAAGUAUCAUUUGACUCGGGCUCAAGAGUAG